UUUUCUCAAAUUCUCUAGACACAUUACAAUAAUCAUCUUCCAAGUUUCAUAGCAUUUCAAUCUUCUAGUUUCUUGCAUACAUGGUUUUCCUUCAAUUAAGUCACUAGAAGAGUUGUAAACACAUUUGUACCCAACAUCAACAUAUCAUAGCUUCCUUAGCUACCUUUUACUUUUUCUAUCACUUGUAAUUUGUAAAAGUCUAUCAUUUUAUUUUUGUACAAAUGGCUGUUCCAAAAGUGAAUGUAAAGUUACUUGAAGACCUUGAAAUAAUGGGAUUUCCACAUGCAAGGGCAACAAGAGCAUUGUAUUAUUCUGGCAAUACCAGCUUAGAGGAAGCUAUAACUUGGAUGAUUGAUCAUGAGAAUGACACUGAUAUUGAUGAGAUUCCAUUGGUAGAUGUAGACAUUGAUAUUAUUGAUGAUAGCUCUCAAUCAUUCACCAUCACAAAAGAAAUGAGAAUGAAAGCACAUAAUUUAAGGGAACAAGAAGGCAAGAGGAAAAGGAAUGAAGACAAAAUGAUGGAAAGGGAAAGGGAAAAGGAGAGGAUUCAAGAAGGUAAAAAACUCCUUGAGGCGAAGCGAAUCGCAGAAGAAAAUGAAAGAAAACGGAAUUUAUCCUUGAGAAAAGCAGAAAAAGAAGAAGAACAAAGAGCUAGGGAAAACAUUCUCAAGAAACUAGAGCAGGAUAAGUUAAAUAGAAGGUCUAUACUUGGAUUACCAUUAGAAAACCAAGCAACUGUGACAUCACCAGCCAUUGUAAUAAAUCAAAAAAAGAUUUCAAAGCCUAUUUAUACAACCACAAAAAUUGAACACUUGAGAGAAUGUUUGAGGUCUCUCAAACGCGAACACAAGGGUGAGAAUGCAAGAAUUAGAAGGGCCUUUGAAACACUUCUAGUGUACGUUGGAAAUGUUGUCAAGAAUCCAAAUGAGGAAAAGUACAGGAAAAUCAGAUUGAGCAAUCCAUUAUUCCAGGAUAGAGUUGGAAGUUUGAAUGGUGGUGUAGAGUUUCUUGAGCUAUGUGGUUUUGAGAGAAUGGACGACUUUUUGUAUCUUCCUAGUGAAAAGGUUGACAUGGAACUACUAAGUUCAGCUGGUUCUGUCUUAAAUUCUGCAAUCACAAAUCCUUUCUUUGGACUUUUAAGUAUUUAAUUCAUAGUUAAGUUUAAAUAUUUAACUCAUAAUCAAUUUAGUUUGGAAAGUGGAUUGUUGCAUAAGGCAAAGGCAUAUAAUGUUAAAUGUUAAGCACGAGAAAGAAUGCAAAUUUUAUUUAUUUAUUUAACAUCACAUUUCGUUUUU